CGUAUCUGUCAAAACGAUUUUUGUUUUAUGCAAAAAAAAAUAAGCUCCGACUGUCAACAUGCGCAACUCGAGCGAUAUUUUCUGCCUGAAAGAGGCCAAGGCCGGCGAGAACGACGGCAGCAUGAUAUUUUCGGUGAACGGGGCCCGAUCUGUGCGUAUCAACAGAAGGAGCAGCAACCCCAUGGACGGUUUCCAGUACGGAUCCAACUCCUCCAGCGAAGGGGGCACCUUCAGGAGUCGCAGCGAGAUCCUGAAGACCGACUCGGAGGAGCUGAACGCCGACAGCUCGAAGAUACCCGUGGAGUGCGACGAGGACUCCCCGAGAAGCGAGGAGGAGGACUUGCCCAUCGAACCCAAGACGUCCAGGUCUUCCGACGAGGUGAACACGUUCGUUAAGCUCGAUAGGAACGAGGCGGACGCCAACGUUUCUUCGAUCAAGAGGAAUAUUUUGACUGGGGAGGGCAUGGAGGUGAAAGACAGCAAUCCGAUGAAGAAGAAGGUUAAUAAUACAUGGACCAGAUAAGGAUCAGUGUGGUGGUAUAUUUUAUAUUUCGAAUUUUUGUUUUAAACUCUACCACGAAAUAAAGUUAUUCAAAUUACUCGAACGUUGGGAAUGAUUCUAUAUUCACCUACUUGAAGAUGUUUUUCGAUUGCGAAGCACUGGAAGAAUUGGCAAAAUAUUGUUUGAAAUGAGUAUUAUAAUUUUGCAAAUAUCUUGUUGGAAGAUGUUACAUUCAUUUUUCUUAUAGAGAAUAAAAUCAUUGUUGUAAAAGGG